AUGAGUACUUCCUGCAUUACAACUAAAAUCAUAGAAAACCGCCGUCUUUAUUUGGAGAAAGUCAGCACGGAAUGGGCAUUGCCGGGCGCACAAGCUAUACACACCUGCGUGCAGCGCCUGAGCAUGGCGCAUGCAUCUACAGCAAAGGCUGCGAAAAGGGGAUGCUCUCCGCUGGCCGGAUGCCUGCGGCUGCUGCUUGCUCUGCACGCGGCCACUCCCCUGCACGCAAGCAUGCCGCACAAAGACAUGCUGGAAAUACACACAGAGCCCAUAGGCAACUCGGAGACAGACCAGUUUUUUAUCAACGAGAAGGGGCCGCUCAGCCCUGUCAGAGGAAUGAUACUUAACGAAGAAGACUAUGUGUUUAACAUGAGAUCCAUGUUCCCCGGAGUGGUUCCAAGCUACAGAGUAGACCCUAUGCCGGAUGAAUUUUCUAGUUUUGGCAGGCAUGAGUGUGCCAGAGACGCAAAGCACGACAAGCCCUGUGCGGAUGGCAUAUACCUGAAGGGCCCCCAAAGCAACAAAGACCAGUACACAAAGUACAUCGAGGAGUAUGCGUCUGUCAUUAUCAAAAUGUUUCCUUCUCUGGACGGCGCGCAGCUCACGAUCACAGCAAACCGAAACGACCAGUUCACGAACUUCCUGCAGAAUCAGUGCACGAAAGAGCAGGCCAGCUACACGCUGGCUGCGCUGCUUCUUCUGAGCGAGGGCGUGGACGUGAACAUUAGCGCGGAAAAUGGGCGGUUAGUGCUCUAUAAAGACGCGCGCGCGAAGGAGGAGGUUUUCAACAUAAGCCGCAAAGACAAGCGCACACAGGCAAUGCAAAAGGAGACGGCCCAGAUAGUACGGUUUUUCAAGACGUACAAAAACAUCGUGGAGCUUCCGACCACUCCAGAUGGCUUUGCAACCGGCGAGUUUCUAAACAGCACGCAGUUUCUGAUCCAGGCGUACAUAUCCAAGUAUGUGCAGGGGAGAAAAAGUAUGCUGGAACUUGCAGGGUGCGCGCACAGCUUGCUGGUUGGCAUGAUGCGCGAAGGGCCCGUGUCUCCCAACAGCGGGGACGCUGCAUCCGACGCGUUCAAAAGGCUUUUCACGCCCGCGGAGGACAGAAGCAAGGCCCUUGAGUACUUCAAGCCGCUCAAUGCGUUGGCGCGUGCUGUUGGCGUUGGGUCCAAGUUUCCGUUUGCAGAGAAAUGCUUGGUUCCAGAACCCAGGAGCGUGUAUGUGUACGACAGAAAGGCAAACGCGUUCACCAAAGACACUUUUGCCAACUGCUGCGAGGCCGGGCUUCUUGCGCUGGUCUGCUGUCUUGCGUACAACCCGGAAACCGACAAAUACGACAUGGACGAGCUUCUAAAGGGCUGCCCCGAUCCGGCUGCGACGCAGGAUCUGAGAGAGUUCUUUGCGCGCACUGCAAUUGUUCCUGGCGACAGCAUUACAUUUCAUGUGCAGACACUGUGGACCAAAGUGGUGGCAGGCCUUUCUAGCGACAAAAUAGUGUACAAGCGCGGCAGCAGAAACGAGAUUAAAACUGGACUGAAAAACGCGCUGUACAUUAUUGCGCAGAUAACAGGCCGCAUGCAGGCCGAAGAGAAAGAGAUAGACCGCCUUUUGAGCCAAGUGACCCCCGACUCCCCAAUUACCAAAGAAAUGAAACUGGCUGUUGAAGAGUAUCUUAACAAGUUUUUUGUUUCGCUUUCGGUGAACAAGAGGCUGAAUGUGCGCGUGCGGAACCUCUCCAGUAGCUUCCUGUGUAGUUCCAAAGAGUCAAAACGCAUAGACCUUUAUGGGCACAUGUUUUUAGAUUAUUCGGAUGGCAAGAAAAAGGAGCGCAGCUCUUUGGUUAUGCGAUUCAAAGUGGGGCACAUGCUGUGUUUUGCAAAAUCCGGCACCGGGCUGACGGAUGGAGACAUUGUGGCGCUAAAAGACGCUGCCGAAGAAUACAAGGCCGACCACACCUUUACUUCGUGCCUGCUUGCGCACUGCAUCGAGCGGAAGGUGUUUGCCGAGGCGCCGGGGAGAACGCAUGCAGAGAAAGAGCAAAUACUGUGGAGAAUGCUGACUGAGGCGGCUGAGUCCAGCCCCAGAAACCUGAACAGGCUGUUUCUGUACGGGCCUGCGCUUACUGUGCACGAAAUGGAGCUGGCCAUAGCAUGUCUUGUCCUUUGCAUGAAGAAGCAGAAAAUCGAGUGCACCAUGCAGCACCCCAUGGCCCGGCUCAUCCACAACCUUGUUGGCAGCACGCAGACUCUUGAAAACCAAGCCAACCUCAUUGUGCCAGGCAUCCUUCUGUCUGCUGGUUUUUUUGACGUGCUCUGCCCGAACAUCCAGCUUUCAAAAGAAUCCAGGUCCAGCAUCAUGAGUGGCUUUCUAAGGUCGCUGGAUCCCAGUGUUCUUAAAAAGGACUUCCCUGCCGACUGGUCGUUGAUUCUGCUGGACUAUCUAAGAAACUACUACAAAGAAACAGGGCGCCCUUUGCUGCAGACACAGAUUGUGAAGCUAGAUAAAAAAGCUGCAUUUUUCUUGGCUGUACUCGUUAAGCAAAACACAGCAGAACACGUCCGCUCGUUUUAUGAGCUUUUAGAGAAGGAUGCGCAAAUCUACAAAAUGAAUAUGAUGGAGGAGCUUGGGGAAAGCGAGCACGAAUUUGACAAUCGGAUGGAGUCACUGAGAAACACGUGGCUUCUUUGGUUCCUUAAGCAUGCCGUACUGGAGAAGCCGGAUCAAACCCAGCUUAUUCACGAGCUGUACAGUUUUGUUCUUUCAAAGCUGCAUCUAUACUACCCAACAUUUUGCUUCAAAGCGCUUUUCGAAAGCCGUGAGAACGAGGUGCUGGAGUACUUUAAGCAAAAUGCAGAGGCCUUUGUGGAAAUCGGAGGAAAGGAAAACUUUGACGCAUUGUGCGAUGUUUUCACGCCAGCCAGAUGA